AGGAUUUGGGGAAGCAGUCACAUGUGAAUCAUAGCUUAUUCACAUAAACAGAAUGGAGUACUUUGGAUCAAAAAGCUUAACAUGUCUACUCCUCCUCCUUCUAACACUUGAAUCUGAGUUAUUCAUCGCUCCGGUGCUUUCAAAAUCCAUCGUCUCUACUCUUCCAGGAUAUCCCGGUGAACUUCCAUUCAAACUUGAAACAGGUUAUGUGGGAAUAGGAGAGAAAGAAGAUGCACAGUUUUUCUACUAUUUUGUUGAAUCAGAAGGAAAUCCAGAAGAAGAUCCUCUCAUAUUCUAUCUCACCGGAGGUCCUGGCUGUUCUGCUGUUAUCACCUUCUUCUAUCAAAUUGGUCCGCUUACUUUCAACUUCGACCAUGCUCCGGAAAACCUCACAAUCGAACGAAAUCCAAACUCUUGGACAAAGAUGGCUAAUGUGAUAUUCGUGGAUAUGCCUGCUGGUACCGGAUUCUCGUAUGCUACAUCAAAAGAAGGAUGGAUUAGUAGCGAUAGCAUUAUCGUCAAGCAAGCUACUGAUUUUCUUCGAAAGUUUCUUAUCGACCAUCCUAAGUUUUUAAACAAUCCGUUAUACAUAUCUGCAAUUUCUUACAUGGGAAUUGUGACGCCUAGCAUUACUUUGGAAUUGUACAACGCGAACGAACGUGGAGAUCAACCGGCAUUGAACAUUCAGGGGUACAUUCUCUGCAGUCCUCUUACCGAUAAGUUCAUGGAUUUCAACUCUAGAAUCGAAUAUGCUCACCGUAUGGCACUUAUAUCCGAUGAUAUUUACAAGUCUGCAACAGAAAACUGCCGCGGUAAUUAUGUGAACGCCGAUGGCGCCAAUUCCAUUUGCAAAAAUAGUCUUGAUAGAUACCAGGAGUGCACAAGUGAUCUAAAUAUGGAAGAUAUUUUGGAGCCCCUUUGUAACAAGUCAGACGUCAAGCCAUAUUGCCGAGAGUACUAUUACGAUUUUGCAGUGGACUGGGCAAACGAAGAGGCCGUUCAACAAGCUCUUAACAUUCGUCCGGGAACGAUUGGAAAAUGGGAGUUCUAUAACACGACAAUGCAUUACCGAGAAGACAAAAACGACACAUUCUGCUACGCUUAUGAUAUGUUCAGUAGCUUCGCCUACCACAAGAAGCUUGUUAGUAAAAAUUGUCGAGCUUUGAUAUUUAGCGGUGAUCAUGAUAUGACAUUUCCGUACGUUGGAAUUGAGGAUUGGAUAUCCGCUCUUAAUCUCGGAAUCGAUCGCCCGUGGAAGCCAUUCUACGUUGACGGUCAAGUUGGAGGAUACGACAUGACAUACGCACAAAACGACUACUCCUUGACAUUUGCUACCGUUAAAGGUGCGGGUCAUUCAGUGGCACAAUACAAGCCAAGAGAAGCUUAUGUUCUAACAGAGAGGUGGCUUGCAUCAAAGUCUUAUUCAAGUGCCAUUUAAGGCAUCAAGAGCUUAGUUUAUUUAUGAUCCUUAAAAAUUUAACGAACAUUUAUUUAAGGUUUCAAAUUCAUUCGGUUAAGGUUGUUAAUUAGCUGCUAUUUAUGAGAUGAAAUUGGAAAAAAAACCUCGGUGUUUGAUGA